GCUCAUUGCUGUAACAUAGUUCAUCGUUACAUGUUCAAUUACAUUAUUUGUCUAUUUUAUCGAUAAUAAAAAUUACAAAAAACGCCCUAAGCAAGCUGAUACAAUAUUUAACUUGGUGUUAAAAUAUUUUAUGACGUUACUGUAGUAUUUUAAAGUAAGAUAAUAAAUCUUUUUUUUUUUUUUUUUUGUUAAGGUUAAUUUCUAACAAAUUCUAAUAACGAUUGUUUUCAUAAGUUUUAUCAUAGCUUAGGCAAAGUUUCGGUUAAAUUUAUUAGUGAAACCGAAUGUUAACGGUCAGAUUUUAAAGUAAAAGUUACCAUGGAAAAAUCAAACAUAAGUAAAUACGAUCAAAAGGAAUCGACCAAAGUUCAUGACAUUAAUGGAACACAAUAUGAUUCUGCAUCAGAAAAACCAAAUUUGGACGGAGAUCGAUUGAAUUUCUACCUAUUGAUAUUACUGUAUAUUAUACAAGGUUUUCCUUUAGGAUUGUCUUCUGCAUUCACGAUAAUUUUACAGAGCAAAAAAAUUGUCACUUAUGAAGAUCAAGCAACAUUUAGUAUAGCAUUAUGGCCAUACAUUAUGAAUAUUUUAUGGGCGCCAAUAGUUGAUGCAUUAUAUAUUCAAUUUAUAGGAAGACGAAAAUGUUGGCUAAUUCCACUACAAUUAUUAAUGGGGUUAUUUAUGUUUUACAUGGCUUGUAACAUCGCCGAUUGGUUACCCGAAUCAGGAAAACCGAAUUUAAAAAUGAUGUUAAUCGUGGUUUUGGCUCUUAACGUCUUAUCUUCAACUCAAGAUAUUGUUGUCGAUGGUUGGGCUUUAACUAUGCUAAAAAAAAAUAACGUGAGUUAUACGUCAAUGUGCAAUUCUAUAGGAGUACUAUUUGGAAUAUUUCUUGGUGAAGUCUGUUUUACUCUACUUGUAUCGGAGGAAUUCAACACUAAAUAUUUUCGAUCUACGCCAGGUACUGGAGGACUGAUAUCUAUGAAAAGCUUUUUGUUAUUUUGGGCUGUUUUAGUUAUGUCGGUGACGUUUUCAGUUGGAAUAUUUAAAAAGGAAAAGAAAAACCUAGAAGAUGGUAUCGAAAAAGUCAGCGUUUUUCAAAAUUAUAAACUGUUAUGGGAAAUUAUAAAGCUACCUAACAUAAAAGGAUUGACAAUAGCUUUGUUGACAACUAGGAUUGGAUUUAUUGCAACAGAGUCAGUAUCGGUUUUAAAAUUAAUUGACGCUGGUUUAUCUAAAGACAACAUUAUGAUUAUGACAACAGUGAUGUAUGUUGGAAAAUUUGCUAUUCCGAUAUUUAUAUCCAAAUAUAUUACGAGUAUCAAGCCAAUGAGUUAUUAUUUAAAAAUGACUCCCAUUAGAUUGGCCUGGGGUAUUGUUUAUGUGACGUUGAUCUAUUUUACACCUAAUAUAAUACAUUUGAAUAGUACUGUUGUUAGUGUGCCAGAGUAUUAUUAUUUAAUAUUAGGAUUUGUAUAUGUCAUAAAUGAUUUGCUGAGUUUCCUCAUGUUGAUAAUGUUGUUUUCAUUCUUUUAUCAAAUUAGCGACCCGCGUUUUGGCGGAACGUACAUGACACUAUUUAAUACCUUAUACUUUUUGGGAUGGUUUGUACCAAAUACGUUAGUUCUGAAACUGGUUGACAUUACUACCUUUAGUAAAUGUUCUAAUGAUGCACAGAACUUAUGUUCUACUCCAGAUUUGACAAGUAUGUGCACUACAAAUGGAGGAAGCUGUAACGUAUAUGUGGACGGUUACUACAUUACAACAGCCAUAUGUACUGUUAUUGGAUUAGUUUGGUAUGGUAUUUUUAAAAAUACGUUGAAAUCUUAUCAAAAUUUGAGCGUUUCUCAUUGGAUGGUGUAUUCUAGACCAUUAGACAUCGACGAAGUUCAUGAACCGUGCAUUAGAUCUUCGUGAUAGAUAUAAUUAAUGCAUUGAUCGUAUGGUCAUAUGAUAAUUAGUGUGUGAAAUUGUAAAUAAACAAAUGCCCGAGCGAGUUGUGAAUAUAAUACCUAUACGAUAAAUUUAAAGUACUAUCUAUACCUUCGUAAGAGGCAAUACGAGGAAUUUAUGUACAACGUAUUUAAUAAUUAUUAUAUCAAAUAUAGCUGACCUUUACCCGGCUUCGCCCGUGUC